AUGAAAAAAGAUGAAAAAGAUAAUGGAACGGAUCAGCAUAAAGAGAUUUCACCAUUGACUCCCGAUGAUUGUAUGAAUCCGGAUGUUGCUUUUAUUUUUGAUUUGAUUCGAUAUACAUGUGAAAUGAUCGCAAAAGGAAUUACUCAACGACCUAAUUCUGAACGAGAUAUUGAUGUCUUUAUAAAGAGACACAUUUUUUCCUGUUUUGAUACGAUUCUAGAUAGCCAUUUUGGUGAGGUGGUAUCGAGAGCAUCUAGAAGUCGUCGGGAAGUGGCGAUAAAUGCACCAAGUAAUGCCGAGGGUUAUCAUUUAGAUUGGAUGUUCACGAGGCAUGAUCUAGGUAAGGAAUUAUGUUGGGGUCGUGAAUUUUCUCUUUGUGAACGCACCGGUUCAAAAACGGAAGACACGUCCAAAAUCUUCUCAAAUACUCUCAAGGUACAAAAAACCUUAAGAGAUAUGCACCAAAAUUUAAUCGAAGCAAUAUCUGCCGAUGGAGGUGGAACACUAUCAAAACCUGUAAUUCAAGCGAGCACGAAAUUGUUGAUGCCCGGAUUUUUAUCGUCAUAUUUUUUUAUUCGUGCAAUUCUUGUUAUCUACGUUGGGGGUGGAUUUUAUACAUCCGUAAAUUUAGCUGAUUUAUACAUUCCAACAAAAUAUCAAGAACUUGAAUUUAUAAUUAAAAUGUCACGGUCUAUGCUCCAAAUAAAAAAAUUAUUAUCAGUUACUAUUUCCCGGUUCAAACAAAUGAAGAAUAGGGCCGAAAAAGAAAAAUUUGCAUCUGGAAAGGUGGCAAUUCCUGCUAGACAGGAGGAGUACAGAUCCUUCCAAAAACCAAGAGUUCCGAAAACGAAAGAUCACCUAGAACCCGAUGACAACCCAGAAGCAUCUACAAAAGACAUUUCGCCACUUAUCGAGGGCCAUUCUGGUGAGGAGAAAGGUAUUACCCCCAAUCCCUUGCCUGAAAUAGAACGUAGCUCAACCCAGGCCCAAAGGGGCGAACCUUUAGAUCCAUCUGAAUCUUCAACAGAGCCUGAAAUAUCUACAACCUCUUUACCACAAGAUAUUAUCGGCACUGACAUGCCGGCUCACGCUGAUGAUGAUUCAGCUGAGAUCCUAGAUUUUGUAGAAACGAUACAUAAGGAAAGGAUUAGUAGUGAGAUAAGUGAGAUAAGAGAGAGGAACCGGGAAAAAAAACUUCAAGAAUCACAUAAUAACUUAACUCCACCGAUACAAUCCGCAACAUCAACCAUGUCGACACCUGAAUCUCUGGACUCGAAAACUAUGAAAAAGCUUUGGGAUCAAAAUAAAAGCCUGGACAAAACAUCCCAAUCGCACAAGAAAAAGGGAACAGAGAAUAUCGUUCAGGUGAUAGCUGAUGGCAUUCAGGAUAAUAUUAUUUCAGAUUUAAAUCAUGUGACUGAAAUUUCAGCGACGGCCCGUCGUCAAAAUUCUGAUACAAUCUCAUUACUCGACUUGGCACAAUUAUUUGAUAAAGCAACAAAUGCUGAAUAUUACGCUACAAAAGCUAACCAGGAAGAAACCUUAUGCUGGAUUAACUAUGGAAAAGAAUUCGUAAUUCAAUAUAAUGAUCUUAUAAAAAACAGUAAUGGCAAAAUUGGCGAGAAAAAGGCAAAAG